GCGCCCGGACCACGUGACGAGGCGAAGCGGCCUCUCUCCUCUCUCGGUCCUUCCUUCCCAGGGUUCAAUGAGCGCUGUGUGGCCCCACCCCGUCUCUCUUCAGUGCUGUCUAUCUCCUCAAUGUAGGCUACUAUUCUCGGAGAGAGAGAAAGGGAGAAAAUAAUAACCUCCAAGAAUUGGUUAUUCCUGUCUUUCACCUUCCAGGACCAGCGGCCAGGAGGGGAGCGGCCUUCGCGGUGGGAAUGUGCUGCUACAACCCCGCGUCCUAUUUUUUUGUCAAUGUAAAUGCACAUGUAGUCUCAAGCUUGUAGCCUAUUUACCCACCUCGGAUUCAAUAGGAAUAUAGCCUAUAUGUAUGUUUGUAUGAGUGUGUACAUAUAUAUAGGCCUUAUGUAGGCUAUAACUGAGCCUGACAGCGGGGGUUGCUUUUUCACCUGCAAGAAACGUGGAUACAUUUCGAGGGAUUUUCACAUCUUGGUCACGUUUUCUUUUUCUUUUCUUUUUUAUGAUUUUUUCUUGAAGGGAUUCAUCAGAGCCGAGCCGGGAAUUUAAAAAAAAGUAUAUCGGUGCGCAGUUUUGGAGGCUCGGUGGUGAUGUGAGGGGCUGAUAACACAUUUCAGCAACAAAAGCGAGGGGCAGGGAGAGAGAAGGCCCUUUGGAGGAGAAAACACAGCAAGGAACAGCCAUCACAAACGAGGAGGACAAAUCGGGGGAUAUUGGGUCGUGUCGAAGUUGGAGGUGGUGGGGGAUCCAGCCGAAAAGACAACCGCAGUGAGUUUGGAGCUGUUUUGGGUUGAUUUGAUGCAGCGAAUGGAAAGGAGCCGGAUGACGACGGAAGCAAUGAGAAUAUCACACAUGUAGCUCGUUGGGGUGUAAAUAUUAUUUCCCUCCCUCCUGUCCUGCUGGGCCCCCGACGAAGACAGCCGUCGGGGAGACAGAGAAAUAGGUAGAGAGUUUAAGUGUACAUCUAUGGAAAUGUUUAUCAUGAAAGGAGACGUGGAAACGAGCCGCGCCACAGCACGGGCGAGGUUUUCGGACACGCCGAGUUCGGCUCCCUGUCACGGGCAGCAGUGAGACGCAAGACCCGGGCUUUUGGAGAUGCAAAUUAGGUUGUUUAUUCUGCCUCCGUUUGAGGUGAAACCCCGAGUUUUGCUAUCUUAACAGACGUAGUGGAUUACAAUUCUUUACGCAACACAGUUGACUGAGACAGUGAGAGUGGGAACACAAAACAAAAACUAUUCUGCAUGUGCAGAAGGAAAAAGCCCGAGCAGGAUUCAGCAAACUGAGAAGGCGGCCUCGGUGUCGUCAGCAACAGUAUCCUGCCCUUUCUCUGACAGCAAAAUACGCGUUAUGGACACAUAAUUUCUACAGUGCUGCACCACGGACAGUUUUUGAAGCAGGCCAGGGACGUUAAACGGUGUAAAUGUGGGUGACAUUGCUGCCAAAUCCGCAUGUCAAACGAGGGAUCUAGACUAGUUUAGUUUAUUUAUUUUUCUUUCUACAUACCCCCCUCCACCUCCUCUUCUUCUUCCACCUCUUCCUCCUCCUCCCCUGGACCCCCUUUUUUCUUUUUUCUUGCGGGAAGAUGGGUUGUUUGGGCAACAGUAAGACCGAAGACCAGAGAAAUGAGGAGAAGGCACAAAGAGAAGCAAACAAAAAGAUAGAGAAGCAGCUCCAAAAAGACAAACAGAUAUACAGAGCAACACACAGACUACUACUUUUAGGAGCUGGAGAGUCAGGAAAGAGCACCAUAGUGAAACAGAUGAGGAUCCUACAUGUCAACGGCUUCAAUGCAGAAGAGAAGAAGCAGAAAAUUCAGGACAUCAAGAAUAAUAUUAAAGAGGCUAUUGAGACCAUAGUAACAGCUAUGAGCACCCUGACACCGCCAGUGCAGUUGGCAUGCCCAGAGAACCGGUACCGGAUCGAAUAUGUUCUUAACCUCGUCAACCAGAAGGACUUUGAGUUUCCAUCUGAGUUUUAUGACCAUGCGAAGACACUGUGGCAGGAUGAGGGGGUCAGGGCGUGCUAUGAGAGAUCCAACGAGUACCAGCUAAUUGACUGUGCACAAUACUUUCUAGACAAGAUCGACAUUGUGAAACAGAGUGACUACACUCCAACAGAUCAGGAUCUGCUGCGAUGCAGAGUACUGACUUCAGGAAUCUUCGAAACAAGAUUCCAAGUGGACAAAGUUAAUUUCCAUAUGUUCGAUGUUGGUGGUCAAAGAGACGAACGCCGAAAAUGGAUUCAGUGCUUUAACGAUGUAACAGCCAUCAUCUUCGUGGUGGCCAGUAGCAGUUACAACAUGGUGAUCAGAGAGGACAAUCAGACCAACCGUUUACAGGAGGCUCUCAACCUCUUUAAGAACAUCUGGAACAACAGGUGGCUGCGGACCAUUUCUGUCAUCUUGUUCCUAAAUAAACAGGACCUGCUAGCAGAGAAGGUGCUGGCAGGGAAGUCCAAAAUUGAGGAAUACUUCCCUGAAUUUGCUCGCUACACCACACCUGACGAUGCAACACCAGAGCCUGGAGAAGAUCCACGCGUUACAAGGGCAAAGUACUUCAUAAGAGAUGAAUUCCUGAGGAUCAGCACAGCAAGCGGGGACGGGAGGCACUACUGUUACCCCCACUUCACCUGCGCCGUCGACACAGAAAACAUCCGCCGUGUCUUCAACGACUGUCGAGACAUCAUCCAGCGGAUGCACCUGCGGCAGUACGAGCUCUUGUGAUGGGAGAAGAAAGGUGUUCGGCCAAAAAUACAUCGGACUAUGAAAAACCCUGUCUCUGAACUCCCCUCUUCCACUGAAGUGUGUGAGCUCUGGCGAAGGAACGGGGGCCAACACACACACACACACACACACACACACUUAAAGUAAACACACCCUGAACCCAGAACUUCCCCUGAUGCAAACUCGCUACCUGCAGUACACAGCUAUUUUGAUGGAAGGGUUUGAGGGACUAACACAUAAAUGGACUCUGAUCUCCACCUUCAGCCAUACUCCCAGCUCCUCACCUCUCAACAUAAUAUAUAGUCCCCAUACACGUUAUCUUCACCUUUCUAGGAACUAAGAGUGGCCCAGUCUGGACUGUAUUUCUUGGGGGGGGGUUGAGCCGAGCCGUGGCUGAGAUUGUGAGAUUUCCCUCUUGUUGAGGUCUGGAUGAAAACUGCGAGAGCUACUACUUCAGUGCAACUAGGAAAGAGAUAACUGUCGAAUUACUGCAAAUAGAGAAUAAACAUGUCACAACAGAUGAACACUGUAUCUAACAAAAAACAAAAGCACUGUGCUCAGGACUUGACUCAAACCAUGUACACCAAUCCUUCCUAUCACUUACACACAUCAAUGAAUCCAACCACAGGAUCUGCUUGCACACAGAAACAUAUCACACCUGCUUUUUACUGGACUGCACAACCGGGUGUAUCCGGAAACGUACUGAUCUACCGACGAGCGGCAGGCUCGUUGAGCUGUCAGCUGAUUUUUCUGGCACAGUGCUUGAGAUAAAACAGACUCAGUGACUGACUGUGCAGCCGAGGCUCGAGGAACAGCGUUACCACAGACUAAAUGAACCAGGGGUGUGUUGUGAUCAGUCAGGCCACAGGGGGGCAGGGGUUCACAAAAACAGGACAGAGCCAACUCCGAUGUGAAUUUCUCUGAUGGACUCUAGACACGUUUGACAGGGAUGUCGACGACAGUCCCUCGACUUCUCCACAGAACUGUUUUGCCACCUGACUUUGCCUUGUUGGUAGUGGAGCAAAACGUGAGGAGGAUAUAUUGAGUUUAAAACAAAAGGAAACAAAAAAAAUGCCAACUUUUAUGGAACUUAACUAACAGAGGGCAAAAAGCAUCCUUCUACAGUACAGUACCAUAUAAGUUAAAAAGAACUCUCAUCUUGUCAUGAUUGACCCUGUUUUACUGUCUCCACAGCUGUUUAUGUCUGUGUAGACUUUUGUGCCAUUGUGCCAUUGUGCCCUGUGCGCUCUCUUUCUUUAUCUUUACUCUCUCUGUCUCUUGUCAUUCUCUCCUUUUUUCACUCUUGGUCUUUCUCUGACGAUUUUACUCACUCUCCAUCUUCACAUUUCUCCCCCCUCUCUCAUUUUCUCCUUCACUCCCCCUCCUCUUCACCACCUUCCCAUGUGCACUUUUACCUUCCUGGCAGUGCUCUUUUGUUUUAAGAGAAAAUAGAAUAUAAUAAUCCUGGAAUAUUAAAAAAGAAUAAGAUGACAACAACAAAUGGGACACUAAUUUUUUUUUUCUUUCUCGUGGUCAAACAACCUGCUCACACAUCCCUGGCAUUCUUCCCUGUCAUUCCUCCUGCUUUCCUCCUUCCUCCCUGACCUCUUGCUCCUUUGUAUGUCUGUCUUUACUUUACUGCUGAACUAUUAUUCUUGUACAGACUGUAAAAUGUAUUAUUUUGUACAACUUUAUUGAAAAAAAUAACUUUUAGAAGAUCCCUGUGCCUUGAUCACGACUGUACGUGUGUAAUGAGCUAAAGUGGGUGUCAUACUGCGCUGUAUAGCUUGGCCAAUCCCCUCCUAACUCCCUGCCUCUCUUGCCACUUCCUUCUCUCUCUCUCUUUCUUUAUCCCUCUCUCUUGCUGUCUCUCUCACUCUCCUCUGUCCUCUCUCUCUCUCCUCGGGGACCGAGGACAACCAUUCGUAGCUCUUGUAGUUUUAUUUCUCUCCCCUAUCCUUCCAUUCUCUCUUUAUGAUUUAAAUGUCUAUUUUUGGAUCCAUAUACCCCAAAAAGAUAAAUAUAUGAAAUGUAUAUGGGUUUUAAAAAAAAAAAGUAUUUUAUUAGAAUCAAAUGAACCUUGACAAAUUGUACACUUGAUAGUGUGCGUAUUGCUAUAACUUAAAUCCUUUCAACUGAAGUUGUGUUCAGGUUUCUUUUGUUUUCCUCUGUUGACAUCUACAAAGGACAUUUUGAGGGUUAAAGAGGAGAUGACCGAUGCAAAACAUUGCUUGUUUCUACACAAAUCUUAUUAUUUUGCUAAAAAAGGCCAAAAAAAAGACAAAAAAAGAAAUACAUUUCAGUUUAUUUUCUGAUGGGGGGUCCCUCCUACCUAGCCUUGCAAAGCAGAGGCAGCCUGUACAGUAUUAGCAUCUCUCUCAUUUCAGUGCCCUAGUCUUCAUUUAAUGUGUACAUCAAAUAUGGGUCUCUACUUUCUGAACAGAAGCUCUAAGAAAUAAAGUUGUUUUUUUUUUUUUGGUGCAGACAGCAA